GAAACACAAGGAAAGAAUAGGGCACAGGUAUAUUGAGAUCUUCAGGAGUAGCAGGAGUGAAAUCAAAGGAUUUUAUGAUCCACCAAGAAGAUUGCUGGGACAGCGACCGGGACCAUAUGAUAGACCAAUAGGAGGAAGAGGGGGUUAUUAUGGAGCUGGGCGUGGAAGUAUGUAUGACAGAAUGCGACGAGGAGGUGAUGGAUAUGAUGGUGGCUAUGGAGGUUUUGAUGACUAUGGUGGCUAUAAUAAUUAUGGCUAUGGAAAUGAUGGCUUUGAUGACAGGAUGAGAGAUGGAAGAGGCAUGGGAGGACAUGGCUAUGGUGGAGCUGGUGAUGCAAGUUCAGGUUUCCAUGGUGGUCAUUUUGUGCACAUGAGAGGGCUGCCUUUUCGUGCAACAGAAAAUGAUAUUGCUAAUUUCUUCUCACCACUCAAUCCAAUACGAGUUCAUAUUGACAUUGGAGCCGAUGGCAGAGCAACAGGAGAGGCAGAUGUAGAGUUUGUGACACAUGAAGAUGCAGUGGCUGCCAUGUCUAAAGAUAAAAACAACAUGCAACAUCGAUAUAUUGAACUCUUCUUGAAUUCCACCCCUGGAGGUGGCUCUGGAAUGGGAGGCUAUGGCAGAGAUGGAAUGGAUAAUCAAGGAGGAUAUGGAUCUGUUGGGAGAAUGGGAAUGGGGAACAACUACAGUGGAGGAUAUGGCACUCCUGAUGGCUUGGGAGGUUAUGGUCGUGGUGGUGGAGGUGGUGGUUACUAUGGACAAGGUGGAAUGAGUGGAGGUGGAUGGCGUGGGAUGUACUGAGACCACUUCCUCCAACGUACAAGUCCUAACAACAUCUGACUUUCUUACAGAUUGAAUUUCUUUUGUAUUUCAAGAACUUUAUAAUGACUGAAGGAAUGUGUUUUCAAAAUAUUUGGUUAAAGCAACAGAUUGUGAUGGGAAAAUCUGUUUUCUGUAGGUUUUAUUUGUUGCAUACUUUGACUUAAAAUAAAUUUUUAUAUUGAAACCAC